AUGUCGAAAAACUCCCUUGGAAAGAGUACUUUGACUGGCGGCAUCGCGAGCAUCAACGUCGGUCCCAACGAGACCCCUUUCGAUGUCCAUUUGGAGCUGAUCUGCGACUGCUCGACCUACUUCAACGCGCUCUUUGAGAGCCGUUUCACCCAGCCCACGACACAGCCUGUCUUCCUGCCGGAUGACGAUCCAGAUACCUUUGCUGAAUUCCUCCAGUGGGCGUACCGCGGGAAGAUCUUCGAGGAUGCAGCACCUGUGACGUGGCUACAGCUGUGCGAGCUGUGGGUGCUGGCGGGGAAGCUGGGGGCGCCGAAACUGCAGAACCUGGUGAUGGAGCACUGCCGGCGCAAAUAUGACGAGCACGACAGACAUACGGCGAAGAGAUGGGACGUGGUCGAGUUCGUGUACCGGAAGACGGCCAUCGGCAGUCCUCUGCGGAAGAUGAUGGUGGACCUCUGGCGGGUGGAUAUGGACAAGGUAUCCUUCGAAUUUGUCAAGGGGGACGUUCCUCGGUUGUUCCUGGAAGAUCUGUGUCUGGCAUUUUUGGAAUGCAGAGAGCCGGACUGGCGGAUAGACUUUGGACGGUAUUUGGUGGAGGAGUCUCGUAGGAACUUGUCAACAAGACUAGGACCAUCAAAGGACGAUGGCUUGUCUUCGAUCCCGCAGAUGGCGUCUCCCCAGCAGAUGGCCAGAAGGAAGGUCAAGCCGGCGAAAUUUCGCAGACGGCCUGGUCAAACACCGUCUCCUUCGCUGGGCAUCAACACGCCUCCGUCGGGUGCAAGCGUUCAAGGGGAUGAUCUUGCGAGGCAGGUAGAGAAUCUGACACUGUAG